GAAAACGCACUCUUCAUUAAAAAGCCCGCCGACCAAGUCAUCCUGCACGUAAGCCCCCGCGUGUGGGUUCUCAUAUGACCACCGUUGAUUCAUAAAUCAUGAUACUAACGGACAGCAGAAAAAAGUAGAAAGAAACGGAGAAUUUCAUACCUGCAAUGCACCAAAAAAUUCCUCGCAUGUCGGCCUGAAUUGUUUCUUUUAGAACGCCAAUCGAAGAGGGUUUCUGAGGAUAUUUGACAAAUUUAGGGGCAAUCUCAAGGAAUUUAUGAUAAAUUUAACUGUAAUCGAAGGAAUUGACGACAAAUUUAGCAAUGGAAUUUGAAUUCUGCGUUGUGACGGGAGGCCGGAGAUUUUUGGGCCGAUCGGUCGUACGAGAAUUGCUGCAGUCGAACCGUUGGACUGUUCGAAUUCUCGAUUUAGACUGUGCAAUAACUUUGGAUGACGAAGAACAGAGUUCGAUUCUCGGGGAGGCUCUAAAGUCUGGAAGAGCUGUUUAUUUUGGCGUUGAUCUCAGAGACGAAACGGAGCUUCGUAAAGUUUUUCAUGGGGCAUCUGUCGUUUUCCACACGGCUUCACCAAAUAUAAUCCUCAGGGAUUUCAAUCUUCAUUAUCAAGUUACAGUUCAAGGCACAAGAAAUGUAAUCAAUGCUUGCCUUGCAUGCAAAGUCAAGAAACUUAUUUAUACAAGCUCUCCAAGCGUCGUCUUUGAUGGGAUCCAUGAAAUCAUAAAUGGGGACGAAUCCUUACCAUAUCCUGAUAAGCAUAAUGAUAUUUAUUCUGAGAUAAAAGCACAAGCAGAGGCAAUGGUUUUGAAAUCAAAUGGUAGAGAUGGGCUUUUAACAUGUGCUUUACGUCCAAGUGUUACAUUUGGUCCAGGGGACAAGUUUCUUGUACCAUCAAUAGUAGCAGCAGCCAGGGCAGGCAAGUUUAAGUUCAUUCUUGGAGAUGGAGAAAACAUGUGUGACUUCACUUAUGUUGAAAAUGUUUCCUAUGCACACAUCUGUGCAGAGAAAGCACUGGAUUCUGCAACAUCUGAUGCAGCAGGAAAGGCUUUUUUUAUAACCAAUAUGGAGCCAAUAAAACUAUGGGAAUUCCUCUCAUUGAUACUAGAGAGAUUGGGGUAUCAAAGGCCAAAAAUCCAUGUCCCUGUAAGUCUGGUGAUGCCUUUUGCUUGGAUGGUUGAAUGGACCUAUGUAAAGCUUGGUCCGUUUAGAACGUCCGUGCCACAGUUUACUCCUCAAAAGAUCAGGCUGCUUACUUGUACAAGAACUUUCAACUGUUCAAAAGCUAAAAAAAUUAUUGGUUACUCACCUAGAGUAUCCCUUCAGGAAGGUAUAAGGCGGACAACUGACUCUUUCCAACAUUUAAGAUCUGGAGUACCUGAUAUAACUAACCGAAAUUUUGAUGGACCAUCCAAGGCAUACAGAUGGCUUGGUGGUGGACGAGUAGCUGAUAUACUUCUGUGGAGAGACGAGAAAGAGACAUUUGGAAUUAUUAUAGCACUGGCAGUGGUCUUCUACUGCUUUUUCCUCACUGGAUAUACCUUUAUACGUGCUGCAGCUGACCUGUUGCUUCUGAUCAUUGCAGUGUUGUUCAUCCAUGGUGUUCUGCCAUCAGCAGUACUUGGAUAUACAAUUGAAAAGAUCCCUCCUUCUACGUUUCACAUAUCCGAAGAAACUGUACAGCAUGCCUUUCUCUCUAUAAGAUAUACCUGGAACUCUGGAAUAGCAAUUUUGAAGUCUCUUUACGAGGGAAAGGAUUGGAUACUUUUUCUGAAGGCAACCAGUCUUCUUUAUUUCCUCAAUAUACUUGGGUCAAUUUCCUUUAACACCUUGCUUGCAACAUGCUUGAUUUUAAUGUUCUCCGCAUUCUGCAUAUACGAGCAAAAGGAAGAAGAAAUUGACUACCUCACUCGAAUUACAGUUGAUAGCCUCAUGCAUUUGAAGGAAGUAUUGAUCAGGAAGUUGUAUGGUAGAUUUGGACAUUAUAUUAAGAAAAUUUAAUAGCUGAGCACUGGGAGAUGUUUUAUUUGCAUGCGCCAAGAUGAGGAGUAGCAAAAUCUGGUAAUAACCGCUGAGGAGAGCCCACUGUUAUCUGAUUCAUUUGCUGAUUGCUCUGCAAAAGUGAAAGAGAAUACAACGAUUUGAUAAACUGUAUCUGAACGUACAUCCUGCCAAUAUUUGUUCCGUAAUGGAAUUUUGGAAUCUUGAAUGAAUACCAUUUGGAGAGGGAGGGAUACCUAGCCUUUGUUGUAAUUUCCUCGAGUGUUCUGUGUAAUUAAAGAUGACCAAAUAAUUUGGUUUCGAUAAGGUUCUUAUAUUUAUGUACGGAUUCAACAUUUUUUCCCUUUGCUUUUCUUCUCGUUAUAAGUAGGUAGUUUCUAUACUUAGAAAGUGACCGUGCUCUUUACUCUUUAAGGUGCCAUGGUGGCCCACCUGUUAAUGAGAAAGAAGAAAAAGGGAGGAGAGAGAAGAGAGCCUUCCUAGUUGUGGAGGUGACAGUGCCAACUAGGCCUGGAAUUUGACAGCCACUCAUACCUGUUAUACCAAAAUUUUAUGCCGGUUUGGUCA